UUUGAGAUUAAACGACUACAAAGGUUGCCUUUAAAUUUUUGUUUUCUGUGGUUUGUUAAAUUGAACCCCAGAUGGCAACAUAUAUGUAAUUACAAAAAAUUGAAGCAACAAUUAACUACUUGUUUUUUAGUACUUGUACCAUAACAAGAACGCAUUUGCAAGCAAGAUUAUUAAAAUAAGUUCGAUUGAAAAUUGAAUUCAAUUUUAAAAUAAGAUGGUCCUGUUGUUCUUAAAUCUAGUUUUAGUAACAUUAUAAUUUUGUUUUUACAUAAUAUUUGCAUGAAUACAUGUGUAUAAUUUGAAAUUAUUUUUAAUUCGAUAAACUGACCUACAUGCAAGAGUGUAAUUAGGACAUUAGAAAUUCUAUGAAAUGUCCGUUCGUACUAAUUUUAUAUGAAAAAUGUCAGAAAAUAGCGAAGAAUGUUUUAAUCUACGUAUCGGUUAUUUAAGACCAGAAACAGUGGAAUUAGCAAAAAAUGAAUUGCGUGAGACACCAGAAGUGAAACAAGCUGCUAUUGAGGAAUUACGGCAAUUAUUACAUGAAGCCACAGAUCUUCAUUAUAGAGAUGAUGAUGAAUUUUUAACAAUUUGGUUAAGAGCAUGUCAUUUUUAUCCAAAAAGUGCUAUAGAAAAGAUGCGUUCCACUGCUGAAUUUCGUAAAGAAAAUGCUGCUUUAGUUAGAGGAUUAAUGCCUGAAAUGGAAAAGGAUGCAUUUUGUAAUCAUCAAGUUGUUAAUGUUUUGAAAAAUUGUGAUCACAAAGGUAGACGUAUACUAAUUGUUAACGUAGGAAAAUUAUGGAAUCCAAGUGCAGUAUCAUCUGAUCAAAUGUUUAGAUUAUUUUAUUUGAUUCAUAUUGCUGCACAAUUAGAACCAGAAACACAGUGUCGUGGUGUUGUUGUUAUUAUGGAUUUUGAUGGUUUAGGAAUGAGUCAAGUGAAAUCAUUAACACCAUCAUUUUCAAAACGUUUAUUAACAUUUAUACAAGAUGCAAUGCCUAUUCGUAUGAAAGAAGUUCAUAUUGUUAAACAACCAUUUAUUUUUAAAAUGGUUUGGCCAUUAUUUAAACCUUUUAUUCGUGAAAAACUUGGAAAAAGAAUUUGGUUCCAUGGCGGUAAUAUGAAAACUUUACAUGAAUAUUUAGAUCCAGCUUAUUUACCUGAAAAUUAUGGUGGUACAUUACCAGCAAUCAAUUAUGGUGGUAAUGAUUGGUAUCCAGUAAUUGAAAAGUAUGAAGAUUUUGUUAGACAAUGGGGAGAAUUUGGUUUUGCUAAAUGGUAGAAAAUUUAUCAAUUUCUUUUUUUGAUAUAUAUAGACAAAUUAAAUAAAACUCAACUGAUCUGAUAAUACUAAGUUUUAUAUAAAUAUAUAUUAUUUUUUUCGUUAAUAUUAGUUUUGUUAACAUUAAUUAAUUGUGCAUUUUAGAAUAACACUAUAAUGUGAGUAGGCAUAAUAUAUACAUAGAAAUUAUAUUUUCACAUAAAAUUAAUAAGAAAAUUGCUAUAAAAUUAAUUGUAAAUUAAACACAAAAAUAAAUCAAAUAUUAAAAAGUAAA